UUCUUUCUCUAUCGCUUUCAUUCGUCUUCCAUAUCUGAACCGAGGUGAAGGGUUUCCUUCGAUUGUUCACUGUGAUCGACUUUGCCACACCACCAAGCAACAGAGACUCUACGAUUGAAAGUAUCAAAACCCCAAAAAAAAAAAAAAAAAAAAAACCCUCCAAAUGGCUUCCAAGCUUUUAGCUUCCAAUCUCCGCCAAACCCUCGCACGGAUCUCCACUUUCUCUCCCCUCCGUUCCUUAUCCACCGCCGCCGCCACCGCCCCAGCUCUGGCGACUUCCGUCCCCGAAACUUUCGAGGACCCAAAUGAGAUUUCCAUCAAAGGAGUGAGAAUUUCCGGUAGACCUCUAUACCUGGAUAUGCAAGCCACUUCGCCGGUGGACCCAAGGGUUCUCGAUGCCAUGCUUCCUUUCUAUCUUUCCCGAUUCGGUAACCCCCAUUCUCGAACUCACCUGUACGGAUGGGAAUCGGACGAGGCCGUCGAGACCGCUCGAGCCCAGGUGGCGUCUCUCAUCGGCGCGUCGCCGAAAGAGAUUGUCUUCACUUCUGGAGCUACGGAAUCCAAUAACAUAUCCGUCAAAGGGGUUUUGCACUUCUACAGGGAUAAGAAACGGCAUGUUAUCACCACCCAGACCGAGCACAAGUGCGUCCUCGAUUCCUGUCGCCAUCUCCAGCAAGAGGGUUUCGAGGUUACUUACCUUCCCGUGGGCUCCGAUGGUCUUGUGGACUUGGAUAAGCUCAGGUCAGCUAUUCGGCCUGAUACGGGUCUGGUUUCGAUCAUGACGGUGAACAAUGAGAUUGGUGUGAUUCAGCCCAUGGAGGAGAUUGGAAAGAUUUGCAAGGAGUUUAAUAUUCCAUUCCAUACGGAUGCUGCACAAGCUUUGGGGAAGAUUCCCAUCGAUGUAGACAAGUGGAAUGUGAGCUUGAUGUCUCUCAGUGGGCAUAAGAUUUACGGGCCAAAGGGUGUUGGAGCUUUGUAUAUGAGACGGCGUCCAAGGAUCCGUGUGGAGCCCCAAAUGAAUGGUGGUGGCCAGGAGAGAGGGAUAAGGAGUGGAACUGUUCCGACCCCUUUGGUGGUUGGGAUGGGUGCCGCCUGUGAGCUUGCCAAGAAGGAGAUGGAGUACGAUGAGAAGAGAAUUACUGCAUUGCAGGAGCGUUUGCUUAAUGGGAUUAGAGCAAAACUUGAUGGGGUUGUUUUGAAUGGAAGUCUGGAGAGGCGUUAUGUGGGAAACGUGAAUUUGUCAUUUGCUUAUGUUGAAGGAGAGAGUUUGCUCAUGGGGUUGAAGGAAGUGGCGGUUUCUAGUGGGAGUGCUUGUACCAGUGCGAGUUUGGAGCCCUCUUAUGUGUUGAGGGCAUUGGGUGUGGAUGAAGACAUGGCUCAUACUUCGAUUAGGUUCGGAAUUGGGAGGUUCACGACGGAGGCAGAGAUUGAUCGGGCAGUUGAGCUUACUGUUCAUCAGGUGGAGAAGCUGAGGGAAAUGAGCCCUCUUUAUGAAAUGGUGAAGGAAGGGAUCAAUCUGAAAGAGAUACAAUGGUCACAGCACUGAGAAAUUGAAUAGUGGAAUUGUGGUGGGAUCUUCUUAAUUCACAAAGUGGAAGAGGCAUUCUGGAAUAGGAUGGGAUUAUGUGUUAGCUGAAGAUAAAACUCUAAGCAGUUGCUGCUAAACCAGAUGCAGAAUCUAUGUUGUCUCAUAAAGGUUUUUGUUUUGUUAUCCUUCUGGUUAGUUGACUUGGAUAACUCUUCAUGGUUAUCUAUGUGACCUUUAAUUUUGCAAAUACGUAGUCCUUUUGCGAUACUCAUACGAAUGAGCUGGUUUGAUGAUGAAGAAGAAAAGGAGUAUAGGCACUUAUCUAUGCUGUAGUUUCAAAAUGUAUUAUACUUUUCUGGUUUUUUACCUUGUGGCUUAAAUUAUUAUGCGUGGAAAUUAUUCUA